AUGUGUACAAACACCUUAUCGGAUUCCUGGAAUCAGCGAUUGCGAGAGCGUGCUCUCUGAUCGCCACGGUUUUUCCCAUUCGAAAUGUCGAUGAACAAUAAUAACGCGCCGGUUGGUGGUGUCGAGCCGACGGCCACGAUUGACCCGCGAAACUAUGACGAUUUGCUGGCGGUGGUGGCGUCGAUUCGCGAGCAAAUCGGCGAUGCCGCUCAUGGUGAGAUCGGAAUCAUUUGCGGUUCGGGUCUCGGCCCGAUCGGCGACGCCGUCGAAAACGCCACAAUUCUGCCCUACUCGAAAAUUCCCGGAUUCCCGACGACGCAUGUCGUCGGCCACAAAGGAAACAUGAUAUUUGGAACGAUUCGCGGCAAGCGCGUCAUUUGCCUUCAAGGCCGAUUUCAUCCGUACGAGCACAAAAUGGAUCUAGCAUUGUGCACACUUCCGGUUCGCGUCAUGCAUCAGCUCGGCGUCAAAACGAUAAUUGUGUCGAACGCGGCCGGCGGCAUCAGCGAGAAGUUCCGCUACGGCGAUUUGAUGCUCAUCAAGGACCACAUCUUUCUGCCGGCGCUUGCCGGCUUCUCGCCGCUCGUCGGAAUGAACGAUCCGCGAUUCGGGCCGAGAUUCGUCUCCGUCCAUGACGCUUACGACAAAUCGUUGAGGGUGCUCGCCACCAGCAUCGCUCAACGCAACAAUAUGCGUCUAUUCGAGGGCGUCUAUGUGAUGUCCGGCGGUCCGCAAUACGAGAGUCCCGCCGAGGUGCAACUAUUCAAAACCGUCGGCGCCGACGCGCUCGGUAUGUCGACGUGUCACGAGGUCACCGUCGCCAGGCAGCUCGGCAUCAAAGUGCUCGGAAUCUCAUUGAUCACUAAUAUCGCGAAUCUCGACGCCGACAAUUCCGUGGAAGUGUCGCACGAAGAAGUGCUCGAGAUUGCCAAAGAAGGCGGCCAUCGAGCGUCGAAUUUUGUCUCCGAUAUAAUAGCCGAAAUGCAUUAA